GUUAACUUGUAGUCUUGUCUAACAGGACUAGAAAAAAGACGUUUUGUGUAUGUAAAUGUUGGUGUAUGUUACCACAGUCAUUGGAGGGGCGGGAAUAAGUAUUUUGUACUAUUAAUGAUAUGAAUCAAGAUAAAUGCAUAAUUAGGCGAUAAUUUCACGCCAACACGAAAUCGCUCUGCACGGGAGGAUGACUUUGGUGGGGUCAUAACUCUAACGGGAAUAAUAGAUUUAACAUCCAGCCAUUCCAUUAUUUCGAUCAGCUGUUUGGUGAACAUGAUGAAUAAUAUAGCAAAAUACAGACAAAUAAUUUCUCAUUCCAAUGUAUAUAAGAAUUUGGAUAAGGAUGGGAGGGAUUUGUUCCGCUUUCAAAGAAAUGUCCAUCAGAAAAUUGUGAAUCAUAAAAAUGGGUUGAAGCCAUGUUCCUCGGAAAGCAAUCGUGAUAAUGAUUAUGAUUAUCAUUAUAAUUAUACACACGAAAGACAUGGCAGUGGCUUAAACUUAAAGAUACUUUACUCGGCUGUUUUGGGGUUUGCUGGAUUCAAUUUAUGGAAAAAUUCAAAUUGUGAAGAAAACCGGGAAAAUGCAAUCAACAAUUUGUUACCAAAGAAAACAUUAAAUGAAGCAAUAAAUAUUGCAAGAGACCUAACAAUAAAAGUGAAGGAUGAAAGUGGUUGUCCUGGUAUUGUUGUAGCUGUUAGUAUUGAUGGCAAACAGGUUUGGUCUGAAGGAUUUGGUUAUUCUGAUAUAGAGAAUCGUAUUGCCUGUACACCAGAUACUGUUAUGCGUAUUGCUAGUAUCAGUAAACCUAUUACUAUGGCUGUUGUGGGUAAACUGUGGGAAGAUGGUAAACUGAACAUUGAUAAACCUAUUCAACAGUAUCUUCCUGAUUUUCCACAAAAAGAAGUGGAUGGAAAAAAGGUUCAGAUAACAACAAGACAACUUGUUUCACAUUUAAGUGGUAUAAGACAUUAUGAUAAGAAAUACCUUGAUAAAAACAAAGAAAAGAAUGAUAAAAAGAACGAUACCAACAUACCAACAGAAUUUGAAUUGAAAGAAUAUUAUCUAAAGAAAUACUUUAAAAAUGUCACUGAAUCACUGAAUUUGUUCCAAGAUGAUCCUUUGGUGCAUAAACCAGGUAGUAAAUUCUUGUACACAUCACAUGGAUGGACUGUAGUCAGCGCUGUCAUUGAAGCAGUCACUAAAAAACAGUUCACAGAUGUGAUUAAAGAUGUUUUUAAACAGUUUGGAAUGGAGAAGACAUAUCUAGAUGAAAAUGAACCCCUAAUUUAUAAUCGUUCCAGAAAUUACAUCAAAAAUAAGAAGGGAAAGCUUGUAAAUGCUCAAUAUGUUGAUAAUUCUUACAAAUGGGCUGGUGGUGGUUUUCUCUCCACUGUUGGAGAUCUUUUAAAAUUUGCUCACAUUAUGUUGUACAGUCUUCAGACUAACCAAUCAAACUCUAAAAAAUCAGGCUAUCUCAAAGCAGACACAAUGAAAACAAUAUGGACGCUAGUUGAUAAUACAAAAUUAAACUGGGAUAAAGAUGGUGGUUAUGGGAUGGGAUGGGGUGUGGUUCCAGAAAAACAGGAAUACGGUUGCGGUCGGCAACAAAGAUUCUAUGUCACACAUACAGGUGGAGCUGUCGGAGCCAGUAGUGUUCUGGUUAUUCUACCGCCAAGUGAAGAUAACUCUAAAACAUUUGAUAGCUUACCUAAAGGUGUUUGUGUUACAAUGAUCACCAACAUGAUAUCUGUAUCACUCAAUAAAACAGCUUUAGAAAUUGCUAAAAUAUUUGAACAGUGUGAUAAUAAAUGAUGUUUAUGUUAAUUAGAAAAUUUUUAUAUAUGCAACAAUCAAAACUUUAGUCUAAACACCAAAGAUCCUGUCAUAAUUUUUAUUUCAUAAAUCAAUUUCUUUAACUGUAAAGAAAUGUUCUUAAAAAAUAAUUAUGUUUCAAUUGUUGAUUUUAUGAAUGAUUUUUAUUCUGUAUAAAGAUUUUACAGUAAAAUUAAUUUGUUGAAUGUAGUGAUGUAAUCUGUAUUAAUUUGCAUGUAAACCCCUACAUAUACCCUUAUGACACCCCUGCAGUGUACACUAGGCCUAUCAUAU